AUGUCGCUAUCGCUGUCGGGGACUUUCAGCUGUGACAGUUCGCGCUUCAGCUGCGACGGCGCGCCUGACGACACGGGCUGGGAGAGCCCCUCGGAUUGCGGUGGCGAUGCGGUCUUCGGCGCGCAAUACGGGGAGCGCCUCCCCAGCCGCAGGCGGAGCUUCGCAGGCGCGGGCACGAACCUCUCGAUCGGACGGCUGUCGGAUGGGCAUUUGAGUCUGGAGCGCGGGUGCAAGUCGGCGACAGUGUCGCGCGUUAGCAGCCGCCUGCUGGCCCCCACGCAGUCGUCGCAAGCCAAGUCGCGUUCUCUCGCCCAUCGGCGCGCAGCGGAGGACGGUGGGUCGGUGGGGCGCGAACCGUUCAGCACCUCGUCGCAGCCGCGGAGGACCAAAGCUGGCGCGACAGCAGCAGGAACGGCCCGCGGAACGGCCGCAGCAGCAAACUCAAACGAGCGUGUGCAUGCGCCGGUUUGUAGUCCUCCUCGCGGAAAGGUUUCUGUGGAAAAUUCAGCACAAAACGCGGCGAAAGGCGGGCAGCGCGGGCAGGGGCGGCGAAUGUCGGACGCGAGUGAGAAUCUGGCGCUGAAGCUGGCCAAGCACCGACAGGGGCUGGGGGUGGUGGGCGCCGGAGAUCCCAAGACGGUUGCUGGUGGCGCCGCUGCCGCUUCACAGGUGCCACGUGGCGGGAGGGUGGGAUCCCGAGGGGGGGCUGCGGCUCCGCCCGUGUCCCGCAAUGGUCUGGCGGCGGACAGGAAGCCUCUGGUUGCGGGGUCGGCGGGAAACGUUGCGCAGAGCCGCGUUGCGGCGGGGGAAGUGAAGCCCCGGCAGCGCCUGGCGGACGGGAAAGGAGCGCCUGGUAGUAGCGGCGGACGAGUUCCCGCGCAUGGCGGACCGGACGGGGGAAAGGGGCUGCGGGGACACAGUGCGGGGGGGUCAGGUAACGGUAAGGGGAAGAACGAAAAGUGGGUAGUGGGGACAAUCGGGAUGGGGAACGGUGGGAGGGGCGUGAGCGCAGAGCAGAGGAUGAAGGAGCGUAAUGAAGGGCAAGAGGCAGCCCGUCACACAGACCCGUCGCGAGGGACGAGGGGCAGUGCAAGGCGGCCAAUUGGUAACCAGUCCAUCAGCCAAACCAACUUCACCCUCCCGCCCAGCCUCCUGCUCCUCCCGCUCACCUUCCCCUCCCCCAGCCCCUCCUCCGCGGGGUCCGCGGACGACGCGGACAUGCCGUGGGCGGAGCUGAUAGGCGACGUGCGCGGCAUGGAGCAGGACGUGCAGUACGUGCGGCACGCCAUGCUCGCCGCUGGCUUCCUCUCCGACGCCCUCCCGCCGCUCUUCUCCCCGUACCUCCCCAUCAACCCCGCCUUCUUCCAGCACCUCGAAUCCGCCUUCCUCAUGCGCUGCUGCGCGCACGCCACGCACGACCCGUCGCACCUGACCGCCAGCCUGCCCUCGCUCCCUCUCGCCAUACCUGCAUCUUACCACGAGGAGCGCCGUCAGCGCAUGCUGCUCUUUGAUGCCGUCAACGAGGCUCUCGGCCGCCGCCUCGCGCCUUUCCUCCCCCGCGCGCCGUGGUCCCCCGCGCCCGUGCAAGUGGCGCCGCGCAGGCGGCCCCUGGGGAUGGAGCUGGUGCAAGAGGUGUGGUCGGAGAUUCACUCAUGGCCCGUGGCGUCCACUGAUGAGGUGUACACUGUACUGGAUGAGUCAGCGAGGCGUGAUUUGUGGAGGGGCACGGAGAGGUGGCGUGCACAGGAUGUAGCGGAGGAGGAGCCGGGUGUUGUGUUUGAUGUGGAAGGGAUGUUGCUGGAGGAGCUGCUAGAGGAGGUGUGCCUGGAGUUUGUGGAGGUGGAGCAAAGGCGGGCGAGUAAGAGGAUGUCGGUGCAUGGGGUGGUGAAGGCACGAAUUACAUCGUCGGGCUUUGUCUGUGUGGCUCAUGUGAAGGGAUCUGGAAGGGAUGGAGUGGUGGCACUACUUGGUCCUGCUUGCCCUACUGCUGUGAGCAAGAACCUUCUUCGGCUUCCAAGGAUGUGA